AUGGGCUCUCCCCCGAGUCCUAGCCAGAAAGGCCAGAGAAGUGGACGGUCAAGUCCCCAGAAAGAAUCUUUAGAGCCCCAAAAGGAAGUAUCAGACCCUUCGCAAGAUGCACAGAUUGAGGCUCAAAGGCAAAGCAUUGCCAAUCUCACUUUCAGAGAUGAGAAAGGUCAUCUCCGCAUGAAGCCCCGUAAAUGGUGGGAUUACGUUGUAUUCCCGAUUCCCGAACUCGAUGUUAGACGUGAUAACGAAUACAACACCACUGGGAAGGAGAUUGACUUGGUUGUGAAUGCAUAUCCGAUUCGGAAAGUGCCAAAGAAGCCAGUCUACUUGUAUGAGGUUGAAGUAAUCCACCCCGUCACAGCAGGGGACAAGACUUCGAUUCUCCCUACGCUUGACAAGAAUCUUCUUCAAACCUGUUUUGAAAGAAGUCAACUUCGAAAGGAGCACCUAGCUAAUGCUAUUCACAACGGUGCUUACAUUGCUUGGUCUCUCGAGGAGCUGAGCCUUGAGAAGGGUAUUAAUGAGAUGAUUUAUUUCGAUCCUCCUUAUCACUACCGUGAAGGUCCCAAUCGGGUUGGAGGAUUUGCCGCGAUUGCAGAUGCCCACCGCGUGUUCUUGACCCUUCUUCCCAAAGUUCAGUUCCGAGUCAUCUUGAAGCACAAAAUCAAUCUGAGUGUGAUCAACGCAUGGCUUAAUCAGAAGCGACCCUAUGAUGAAGAAACAGUUGAAGCAUUCAAUUUCCUGGACCAUUUGCUUCGUGACUGGCCAAGAAAACAAUUUUACGAGCACAAACGGGCGUACUUCUUUGAUAAUGUCAAAGAUCUUGGACCAAACUUCAAAAAUGUGGACCAAUCGCAAUUCUUGUACCAACUCGCUGGGCGAGGAGCAACUGUUCAUCGUGGUCUUUUCCAGACAAUUCGAGCGUGUCCACGGGGCUUGAUUCUCAAUGUCGACACAGCUUAUGCUGUCUUCUAUUCUCGCAUUGGUCUUAUGUCAGUCAUGCGGGGGUUUCUUGACCUAGACCACGAUGACGAGUUGGUGAAAGCUACUACCAUUGUCGAAAAGAAAUAUAUGGAGCAGCGGGCCAAAGAGUAUCCUGAAGCGUGGAAGGUUGUUCACAAGAACAUAGGAGGGCUCUUGGUAUCUCCCAGUUUCAGAGGCUGCCCGAAUCCGAAUCGCGUUUUCAAGAUCAAAGGUCUGGCUAUGGGACAUUGCCUUGAAUACCACAUUCCAGUGACAGACAAGGCGACCGGUGAGACUGAGAAGAAAACACUGGCUCAAUUCUAUAAGGAUAAGUACAAUCUUCUCCUCCAAAAGCCCAAAAUGUGCGUGGUUGAGAUGCGCGAUGAGGUGCAUGGAUGGCCUAUUGCUUACCCUGCCGAGCUUCUGGUGGUAAAAGGCCUACAACGCUACAACAAAAAGCUUUCAAAGUUGAUGACUGGACAAAUGAUCAGGUACACUGCACAAAAACCUCGAGAGCGGAUGUCUCAUAUCCAGCUCAUCAAGAAGAUCUUUGAUCAUGAGAAUGACCCUAAUUUGAUUCACUAUGGCAUGGUUGUUGACAAAGCCAUGGUUCGGGCCAAGGCACGUCUCCUCCCAAAUCCCGAGAUUCAAUUUGGGGCUUCAAAGCACAAUCCAGGUAUCAAUGGGCGGUGGGACCUCCGGGGCAAGAAGUUCUUCAAGUCGAAUGACAAGCCUCUGAAAUCCUGGGGCAUUGGAUACUGGUCCGCCCCAUACAGUCCCAUGAAUGAAAAUAUGGUUCAAAGCUGGAUUGAGCAAUUUGUCAAGGUUUAUCGUCACCAUGGCGGCCUUAUUGAAAAACAUCCAACCUCUCUUUUGCUCAAUUCUGAUGUUGGUGAAUCGGUGCUCGGUCUCCGAAAUCGUUGCGACUCCCUGCGCGGACAAGGCUCCGCACAACUCCUGAUCUUUCUGGUGCCCAGCUGGGAUGCGAAUGUCUACGUUCGCAUCAAGAAAAAUUGCGACUGCCGAUUUGGUAUUGCCUCGCAAGUCAUCCAGCACGAGAAUGCAAAGAAAGACUUUGAUCAAAUUUAUUCCAAUAUCGCCAUGAAGAUCAAUGCGAAGCUUGGAGGGACGACGGCUCGAGCUAUUCCCGCGUCAAAGUCAUCUAAUAUGUCACCGGGCUCCAUGAUCAUUGGAGCAGAUGUCACCCAUCCUAUGUUAGGUGUCUGGACACCAUCAAUUGCUGCUAUGUGUGUAUCUAGUGACAUCCAAUGCACACGCUACAUGGGCGGGUGUGAGGUGAAUGGGGACAAGGAAGAAAUCAUCAAUGAGCCCAUUUUGCCGGUAAUUCUCGAGCCCAUGUUGAACGAAUGGAUUGCGACUGUUGGUAAAGGGAAAGGUCCCAAAUACGUUUACUACUUCCGGGAUGGAGUCUCUGAAGGAGAGUUUGAGCUGGUAUUGAUGCGUGAGGUUCUUACCAUCAAACAGACACUAGCCAGGGCUGCCAACAUAGAAGAAUGGCGUGGAAAAAUUUGCGUCAUUGUCGCAAAUAAACGCCACCAUAUUCGAUCAUUCCCUGAUCCGAAGAAUCAUGCUGCCGGUGACAAGAAUGGCAAUCCUUAUCCAGGAACUCUGAUUGACCGUGAGGUGGUUAGUCCCCAUGGGUGGGAUUUCUACCUGUACUCUCACAUCGCACUCCAGGGCACCUCUCGCCCUGUGCAUUACACCGUUCUGAAGGACGAGAUUGGUCACAAGCCCGAGGAGCUUCAGAACAUGAUCUAUGAACAUUGCUAUCAGUAUGCGCGCUCGACUACCUCGGUAUCUGUGCAUCCUUCUAUCUACUAUGCUCAUCUGAUCUCUGUUCGCGGUCGUCAUCAUGAGGAUAUCCCCUCACGCCUCGGAGCCCAACACGGACGAGCUGUACGUCUGGUUCGAGGAAAGGUCCAUCGGCCUGAGCGAAAGGAACCACAUAAGGAGAUUAUUCCGUUGCUCCCAAUCGGUGAGACACACAAUCGCUUAGAGUACAAGAUGUGGUGGAUGUGA